GAGCACCGGGCAAUGAGCAGACUCGGCGCGCGCAGAAAUCAAUGCCGUAAAUGUUAAAGCAUGCGCUCGAGGGUGAGAAGAGAACUCGGUAUUAACAGUGCGAGGAAAUAAAUAUCGUAGUGAUCAGGUGGACGAUCAAAGCGUUCGAGUGGCAGGAGGCAGGAGGAGCAUCCGCCCGUUAGGGCCAUGGAUUAGGGAGACUCUUCCAAGCACCGAGUCACUCUCGUCUCUCUUCGAGCUCUCUCCUCUCGCCGACUCCUCGUCUCCUCCGGCAACAUGGACGAAAACCUGAGCCGGGGAUACGUCCAGCUGGGCAAGGCCAGGGGCAUGAACGAGUUCAAAUUCUCCAACGGAUUCACGCAUCUCUCACCGCCCGUCGACAAAUGCAAUUUCAUUUACAUGGCACUGAUCCUCGGUGGCAUAGGCUUUCUUCUACCUUAUAACAGCUUUAUUAUAGCGGUGGAUUAUUUUCAAGCGAGGUACCCGGGAACCACCGUCAUAUUCGACAUGUCCGUCGUUUACAUCAUUAUGGCUUUCUUUGCAGUCUUUGCAAACAACAUUCUAGUCGAGACUCUGUCGCUGAACACGCGAAUUACAUUUGGAUAUUUGGUGUCGUUCGUUACUCUAAACUUCGUGGUUAUCUGCGAAAUUUGGUGGGAACUCUUCGGCGUUGCAACUUCCUACACCAUCAAUUUGGUUGCCGUUGCUAUAGUGUCCCUUGGUUGUACAGUUCAGCAAUCGAGUUUUUACGGAUAUACGUCAAUGCUUCCUAGUCGAUAUACCCAAGCUGUAAUGACUGGAGAAAGCGUCGCCGGUUUUUGGGUGUCAAUCAAUCGAAUAAUAACCAAGUCUGUACUCAAUGAUGAACGUGGUAAUACAUCCAUGUUCUUUAUCUUGUCGAAUAUGACGAUUUUGUUAUGUUUUGUGCUGCAUCAAGUAGUACGUAAGACCGAUUUUGUGCAAUUUUACAUAACACUAUGUCAAGAAAGAAAUCGAAUCACGUUAGAACCAACGGAAGAUGUCGGUCUGAUGGAUCCGUUAGAUCAAGUUGGCGAUCCCUCGAAAGGCCAGUAUGGAGUAUUGAAGAUACAAACGAGUCCAUUGGGAACAGAAUCUGCGAGUGGAAGUGCUGAUUUGAAUGCAACCGGUCAGUAUUCUGCAUUCUCGUUCAGCAAUCCGGUGUACGAGCCUAGUGCUCCCUCGGGCAAUCCACCUGGUAGCGCUGGACCGACUUACAAGGUUGAAGAUGUCGUGGUUAUGAGAGGAGCCUAUGGAACACAAAGCACAAGUACACCAUGGUCCGGCAUCAAAAGAGGUUUGGUCGCGCGACUCGAAGUCGCCAAAUUGAUCUUUCCCUAUAUGGCCAGCAUUGGUGCUGCUUACUUCGUAACACUCUGCCUCUACCCAGGAAUUGUAUCAGAAAUAAUAUCUUGUAAAUUCGAGUCAUGGAUGCCAGUUAUUUUGAUGACUGCUUUUAACGCCUCUGACUUACUCGGCAAGGUAUUUGCUCUGAUACCUUAUGAAUGGAAACGAACUCAUCUGCUUUAUUUCUCUAGCGCACGGGUAAUACUUAUUCCCCUAUUUUUGCUUUGCGCGAUUCCGCGUGGUGCUCCUAUUCUCUCUGGUGAGGGAUAUCCGCUCCUAUUCUCUUGGCUCCUUGGCCUUACAAAUGGUAUAGUUGGUUCCAUACCUAUGAUUCAGGCACCUAGCAAAGUACCGGAGGAACAUCGAGAACUUGCAGGUAAUAUUAUGACCUUGUCAUACACUACUGGUUUGACUAUUGGAUCUUUAUUGGCAUAUAUGAUGGAUGCUUGUCUUGGACCAGCUGUACAAGCCAAGGACGUAUGUUUGAAGAUAGCAAAGGUCCAAGCUGGUCAAACUUCAACAACUGCAUUAGCUAAUGUAACGGCGAGCAUCCUAACAACCGCAAUCUCUUCCACUUUACCUAUCAUUGAAAGAACAACGGCGGUACCGAAGCCGAAGACUACUGAAAAUGUGCUAACUACGAUCCUGAUGUCAACAUUAUUGUCAAACAGCACCGUGAGCUUAUUGAGCGACGGAGGAUUCUUGGAUGCGUCAACGACGGCCUUACCAAAGAUCUUAGUUAACGUUACCUCGGCGAGCAACGCGAUCUUGCAACAUUAGGACGCAUAUACUUGUGUGCUGUGUUAAAUCUGGUGCUUU